UCUGUUUUCGUAUAUCCUGACAGUUAACCGCGAAUGAUAAUGUAAUGCGAUCUCGAUUACGUAAUCGUGGCCACCCUCGCUUUGUGACCAUUUUUUUUAUCACACAUUCUCCUUUUCGGCUUUGCUAUCUUCAUUAUCAGUUAGGUAACACGCUCACGCACACAAUAUAUCAUUUCACGUAUAUCGUUUCGGAGCCAGGGAACAAUGGCAGGCAGACUUUUAACAAAUCGUUUGCGACCUGUGAUGAUUCAAAGUCGUGGAUUACUUACAGAGGAUAGAAUUGGGAAUAGGGAUGUUGUGGGCUAUGGCUACAAUGGAGAACCUGCCUAUUUGGACAGAGCAGAUUUCCCGAUGCCUGCAAUUCGUUGGAAGGAGAAUACUCCUGAUAUUAUGGCCCUGAGAGAAAAGGAAAAAGGAGACUGGAAGAAGCUGAGCAUUGAAGAGAAGAAACAACUAUAUCGUGCUAGUUUCCGCCAGACGUUCAGUGAAAUGGACGCACCGACAGGAGAGUGGAAAGGCAUCGUGGGAAUGAGUAUGCUGGUUAUAACUUCCGGUUUAUGGUUAUACAUGUAUUUCAAAACAUUCGCCUACCCACCAUUGCCGGAAACAAUCACGGAUCCAGAGCGUCAGUUGGCACAGUUAGAACGUAUGAGGAAACUCGACAUGAAUCCGAUCGAAAGCCCGAUUGCUGCUAUGAGAGAAAAAUAAUUAGUUUGUAACUUCAAUAAUUAGUAAUUGUACAGUAAAAAUCCAUCUCUAAAUAUUGCGCUUAAACAUUGUAUGUUAUAACUGGCAUGACAAAAUUUUAAUAAAUGCCAUGGUAACGUGAGAACGCUA